CAGCAAUUUGCGAGACGGAAAGCUCGCUGGCUGUCAAACGAGGCAAACGGGAGUAGCACAGCGCAGCGUACAGAGCAGCGUAGGAAAAACUGCGUAAAGUUUAAGCAAGAAACACACCCACACAUACGCGCACUUGUCGUGUUCGUCCUGAAAUUAGGCAAGCGCAAAGUGUAGUGCCAGCAAACAAAUAGGAAAGGGAAAACUCGCACCUCACCGUUUGCAAGUGAUAACGGUGUGUUUGGGAGAGCCAUCAUCAUUAUCUUCCUUGUCUGCUGGUGGUUCCCCCGUCGCCGUGUGUAUUGUUUCUUUCGUGUGCAUCAUCCCGUCUCGUGUCGCUCUGCUCAGAUUUGAUGCACACGCACACACACUGGUCGGCCAGCGGAGGAAGACAGCAGCGCACACCACCAACGGCAGCAGGCAGCAGCAGCAGUAGCGGGCAGGCAACCGCGGAGAAGAAAAAAACAAUACCACCACACCAAGCCCACCGAGGACGGAUCGAUUCCGAUUGCACACUUUUCGCAGUACACAGCGCCGCCUCCCAGUAGUAAAACGUUCCGCCACACAAUGCCCGACAUUGUAAAGAUCGCAGGAGACCACAUCCUGAUAUACGAGGCUUACUAUAAACAGCUCGAUCCAAAGGAGGCGAACGAAAUCGGUGCACUGGAUGCGGCGAAAUUCCUCAAAAAGUCCGGCCUCAGUGAUGUCGUCCUCAGCCGGAUCUGGGACCUGUCCGACCCGAACGGUAAGGGCUUCCUCACGAAGGAGGGAUUUUUCGUCUCGCUCAAGCUGAUCGGACUGGCACAGGAAGGUUCCGAGAUCAAUCUCAAAAACAUCUACAAUGUCCUGUCGAAGCCACCGAAGGUGGGCGAUCUACCAAAAGUACCGGCACAGGUGAAGCUGCUCCCGGUCGAAAGCACAGACUGGUCGAUGAAGCCGGAAAAGCGGCAACAGUACGAGCAGCUGUUCGAUUCGCUCGGCCCAAUGAACGGGCUGCUGCCCGGCGCGAAGGUCCGCAUGACGCUGAUGAACUCGAAGCUGCCGGUGGAGACGCUGGGCCGCAUCUGGGAUCUGGCCGACCAGGAUCGCGACGGCAGCCUGGACAAGCACGAGUUCUGUGUGGCGAUGCAUCUCGUGUACGAAGCGCUCGACAAGCGCGCCAUUCCGGCCAUGCUGCCGCCCCAGCUGCAGCGUAACUAUGCUCCCCAUCCGCCCCAGAACGGCGGCGGGUUUGACGCGUUCGGCGGAGGUGCUGCUGACGGUGCCGGUGGCUUCGUCGCUAACUUCCCGAGCGACAUUGCGCCGCCGCCGGUGGUGCCGCCGCUGCCGGCUGCACUGGCCCGUCCGCCGCCCAUGACCGCGCCCGUCAUUCCGCCCGUACCGAUGGGACUGGGAGGGGUGCCGCUCGUGUCCGCGCCGGCACCACCGAUCGAGGUGACCAGCUGGGUAGUGUCGCCGCUCGAGCGCUGCAAGUACGAGGAGAUCUUCAACAAGAGCGACACCGACCGGGACGGGCUCGUGUCGGGGCUGGAGAUUAAGGACGUGUUUCUGCAGUCGGGCGUGGCGCAGAACAAGCUCGCCCACAUCUGGGCCCUGUGCGACACGAACCAGUCGGGCAAGCUGAAGCUGGAAGAGUUCUGUCUCGCCAUGUGGUUCGUCGACCGGGCCAAGAAGGGUAUCGAUCCGCCGCAGGCGCUCGCCCCGAACAUGGUACCGCCAAGCUUGCGCAAGAGCUCGCUCAUCCAGGCGCAGGAACCACCACAGCCAACGUACAGCAAUCCGGAGCUGGAAAUGAUAUCCAAAGAAAUUGACGAGCUUGCGAAGGAGCGCCGCCUGCUGGAGCAGGAAGUUGCCCAGAAGGAGGCGGAUGUGCGAAUCAAGGGCGGUGAACUGCGUAGUCUCCAGAGUGAACUGGACACACUUACGGCCACGUUGAAGCAGCUGGAAAACCAAAAAGGUGAAGCACAGAAGCGACUGGAUGAUCUUAAGAAUCAGCAAGUAGAUGUAGAUCAAGCCUUGCUAGAGGUAGCGUGCAGCAUUGACGAAGCUCGUCAACAGGUGACCAAAAUUCGCGAACAGUGCCAGAAGCAGGAGGCAACGCUCAAGGAGCAGGAGGGUGAGCUGGACUCGCGCCGCUCCGAGCUGCAGAAGCUGCGGGACGAGGAGCAGUCGCUCGAGAAGGAGUACAACACCAGCACCAAAGAGGUCGACCGGCUGACGUCCCAGCUGCAGGACACGCAGCUGGAGAUCAGCCAGGUGAAGGCCAUGGUUACUCAAAUACAGGAGUAUCAGCGUCAGAUGACGGACGCGCUGUCGAUGUUCCGGUCGGCGAUCGAGUCGAACGACCCGAUCCUGGUGUCCGACUACUCGCUCAAGAUCGAGCCCGAGUUCCGCGAAGCCAAGCAGGCGCUGGAGGAGAAGGAGGUCGAGAACGCGAACAAGCGCGACCCGUUCGGCGACAACCGAUCGAACGGGUUCGGUGCGGGCGAGCCGGCCGAGACGGGCUUCGGUGACGAUUUCAAGUCGUCGAACGGUUUCGCCACCCAGUUCGACGUCGGGUCGAACGGCGGAUUUCACGGCGGUACUGCGGCGGCGGGCGGCUUUGGGGAAAACGGGUUCGGUGCGUUUGGGGCGAAAGCGCCGUCGCACGCCAUCGGUGGGGGAGCGGCGGAUCCGUUCGGAUCGAGCGCUGCCGCCGAUCCGUUCGGUGACCGGAAAGGUAGCGGCAGUGUAGCAGCAGAGCCCGCCAAAGAUGAGUUCGGAUGCGAUCCGUUUGCCAUACUACAUGCGCCGACCACUGCCGGUCAAGCACUUUCGCCUAGUCCCAGCAAAUCCGUUGCCCCGCCACGUCCGGAAUCGCCCAGCCCGGCACUGCCGCCGAAGAAGGCAAAGCAACCACCACCGCGUCCCGCUCCACCACGACCAAUGCAGGGCCCUACGCCUACCAAACCUGCACCACCGGCGUCGGAUGCAUUCGGUGACAGUAGCGGCGGCGGCAGCUUUGCCAACUUUGCCGACUUCGACAAUAAGAAUCUCAAACCCGUUACCUCCCAAACACUGCAACAAGCGUCGCCGUCAUCGUUCGCCUCAAGCGGGACCGCAUUCGGUAGCAAUCGUUCGCUGACGGGCUCCAGCUCCAAUGCGGCGACACUCGGCAGUAUGCUACCAGCGAUGGGGGCAGCAGCGCCGGUGACACCUACUGCUACCAUCACCAUUGAGGCGGCCACACCACCAACACCGGCAGCAGCAUCGGUGGUUCGGUCGGUCGUCGUUACACCCGUCGCUCAGUUUGCAUCGUCGUCCGCAGCGCCGACACCGGUUCCGGUAGCCGAUUUUGCGGACGAUCCGUUCAAGGACUACCGGUACGAGGAUCCGUUCAACAUCGAGGAUCCAUUCGCCGACACGGAGGACGAUGAUAAGCAAGUGAAUGACCCAUUCGCAUCGACAACGAAGAAUAACAACAAUGUGUUGAGCGCUUUCGACGCCAACUUCGGCCACUCUACCAACACCGCUUCCGUGGAAGAGCUGGACGAACUGUUCAAGGGUGUGCGCAUUUCCGGGGACGGUGCAAAUACGCCCGUGCUAAAUAACAAUAAACUCAACAACACCACCAGCCGGCUCAACAACAACAAUACUCUAUCGCCAAUCGGCACGACAACCAAGUCCCCGUUCACGUCCGAUCCGUUCGAUGCAUUUAAUGAUAAUUUCUCCAAAAACACCAACCAAACGGACGGUCCCGCCUCGCUGUUCGGCGCGUUCGGCAAUGGCGAUGGUGGCGAUGCGCUGGCCAAACCGACCGGUGACGACAGUCUGUUCGAUGCAUUCCGUGCGACGACAGGCAGCAGCACCACUUCGCCCACGACGGUACCACCCACUGGCGCGUCGUCCACCGGGACGACGGCGCUGAUGAUGCUGAAAUCGUUCGAGGACGAGUUCUCCAAGAUGGACGCCGCGAACGUGCUGAACAACAAUCUCACCACGAGCAGCGGCAGCAACAACGAGUUCGAUGCGAAGUUUGACGAUGCGUUCAGUGCAUUUGGCACCGGUGCAUCGUCCACCAUCAACAGCAGCAGUUCGAAUGGGGCUCGGUACGGUGCUGCCUUCGGCGCUACGUUACCACCGCCGGCGGCAAAGAGUUUCAAACCAAACGGUGGACCGUCGACGACCGGUAGCUUGAAGCGGCCGGAUGGUAGUGCUGAUCCGCCCAAGGUGCUGGAGCGGUUCAAUGCCGACUACUCCAAGGGCGAAACGUUCGAUGCCGACCUGGAGGCGGUGCUGCAGCGAUCGCUGGUGGAGAAAUAGCACGGGUGAAGAAGUGUCCCACAUGCGGGGGUGUCCGCUCUGCAACCCGGCUCUGUAUUACCAAAACAGUUUUAUCGCUUUGACGCGCUGCCGCGAUUCCAAUUACGUUUAGUGUGUAGGUCACAGGGAACGAGAGGAGAGAGAUAGAGAGAGAGAGGGAUCUCUUUAGUGGACUUUAUUUACAAAAAAAAAAAAACGACAAAUCGUACAUCACACACACGCUACCAAACGCGCCCGCGUGGUUUAGACAGUGAGAUAGGAGAACAAAUGAUUUAAAAAAACUCUUUCACUAAAACAGGAAUAAUUAUGAGAAUUACGCGAAACGCAACAAAACAACAAUUCCAUUAGUAAAUCAUAUCUGUACCUCCUCCCCAGAUGUGUUAAAGGUUAGCUUUAUUUUCGUUCGUUUGUAUCGUUUUUUGUGUAUUUUUUUGUUAUUUUUAGUGUCUAUUUUUCAAGCCAUUACCUGCUUCUUGGAAGAGAGAUGGCCGGCGUGUUAGAAUGAUGUGUUAAACAGAGAGAGUAGGGCUAUAGUAUAUAUCUAUACAUAUAUUUACGCAGUGUUGAAACAACUUUAAUAGAGAGACUCUUAGAAGGAAUUAGCAUGAACAUAAAGUAAUGAAUUUAGACAAAAACAAAAAGCUGCAAAUCGCUAGCUGUCUUUGACAUCAGAGAAAGAGGAAUGAAUUAACGCAGAAGGAGUAGAAUUUCCGCUUGUAAAUACUACUAAUGUACUGAACCUGUUUCAAAGCGCUCGAACGAUGUUCGCGUUUGGCUGGUGGGAGGCUUAGGAGAAGAAACACGAAGAUUUCAUGCAUCACGUGGACAUCGUGGAAGGAAGUUAAAUGCGUACAAAUCUAACGCCACAGAAUGGAUAGAGAGAAGUGGUAGGAGACAAAUUAUUUGUUUUUUUUUUUCAUUUAUUAUUUUUCACUUUUUUCUAACAAGUACAUCGAAGAUAACAAAUCUUGAUCACGAAAUUAACUAUGUAGCAGCAAAAAUUGCGUAGAACUGUGAAGAAAUCCGGUAUCAAUUGGAAGGAUCCAGCCGGCAAAAAAGCGGUAACGAAAUGAAAUGUGUGCGUCAUGUUGAAAUUGAUAAAUGUUGAAUAAUUGUGUCGGACACGAUUUGUCGGAUUAUUGUUAAAGUGAAUAUAUUACUCAUGCCGUAAAAAACAUUAACAAAGUUUAAAUCCUUGUAGAAAGGGGAUGAUGGUACGACCACACGCGCAGCAAACGCUGUAUGAAGCAACGCAAACUCCGUGGAACAAAUGAUACUCUGAUAACUAAUAACUUUUCACACACUUGCCUGCCAGGUGUGUGAUCCUCAGCGGAGCGUAGAUUCUCACGAAACUAUUACCCUCCUUCCCGCUUCCGCGAAUGUGUCGUGUAAACUGUAAAAUAAACAUCCAGAACGUAUCGAGUGUGUAUAUCGCAGCGAAAACGAAGAUCGGCAACACUCUCACCCACAGAGAUUCUCAAGGCACCGAUACAAGCACAAUAAAGAAGAAUGGGAACAUAAAACA